GCCUGACAAAAAUAGUCGUACAACGCACUUCCCCUCGAGCAGCAGGAGCAAAACUCUGUCCCAAAAAAUGUUGAAGGAACUUCUCAUAGUUCUGGCCAUAACCAGCACGGUGCUGGCAGUGUCCGAGGAUGUGGAUGACUUUGAUGCUUUCAUGGACAUACCAUUCAAGCGACUGAAGACUUCGGCGGAACGCAUCGAGUCGGCUGGCUAUCCGGCCGAAUCGCAUUACGUGGAGACGUCGGACGGGUAUGUGCUGAAUCUGUUCCGUAUUCCACACUCGCCAAAGCUGAACAAUGGCCAGCUGCAGCGGCCGGUGGUGCUCAUCAUGCACGGCCUGUUCAGCUGCUCCGAUUGCUUCCUGCUCAAUGGGCCGGACGAUGCGCUGCCCUACAACUAUGCGGACGCCGGCUACGAUGUCUGGCUGGGCAACAGCCGCGGCAAUCUCUACUCGCGCAACAACACCCGCCUGAAUGUGAGGCAUCCGCACUUUUGGAAAUUCAGCUGGCACGAGAUGGGCGCCAUCGAUCUGCCCGCCAUGAUUGACUACAUACUCGCGCUCAGCCAGGAGCCAGCGCUGCACUAUGUGGGCCACUCCCAGGGCUGCACCGCGUUCUUUGUCAUGGGCUCCUUUCGGCCGGAGUACAAUGCCAAAAUCAAGACCGCCCAUAUGCUGGCUCCGCCGGUGUUCAUGGGCAAUACCACGGAGGGCCUGAUAGUGGCCACAGCUCCGGUGUUCGGGCAGCCCGGCUUGGGCACGGCUCUGCUGGAGAAUCAGGUGCUGCUGCCGUACAAUAAUUUCAUUCAGCGCCUGCUGGACACAGCCUGCAGCAAUCGGCCGCUGCAAUUGAGCUACUGCAAGACAUUGGCCAUGCUCUGGGGUGGUCCCGAAAUCGGUAACCUCAAUAAGACGCUGCUGCCCCAAAUCGCUGAGACUCAUCCGGCGGGCGUGUCCUCCAACCAGGCCAUACACUUCAUCCAGUCGUACGUAUCCAAUGACUUCCGGCUGUACGACUGGGGCAGCCGCAAGAACUUGGCGUACUACGGUGUGGCGGAGCCACCAGCCUACGAUCUCACUCUGAUAACAGCCGAGCUGUAUCUCUACUAUGGCUUGGCUGAUGGCUCAGCCAAUAGGCAGGAUAUCUCUCGGCUGCCCGAACUGCUGCCCAAUCUGGCGCUGCUGCACGAGGUGCCCGAUCCCACCUGGGGCCACUUGGACUUUAUAUUUGCCGAGAGGGUCAAGAGUGUCAUAAAUGAUUUGGUCUUGGAUUAUAGCAGGCGCUACGAUGUGGACUAUCAGGCAGAAGGCAAAUAAAUCGUUGCAAAAAUUA